UCCUGCUAAAUCCGUUUAUAACAGAGUCAAAAUAAAACGAUACAGCACAGAAGAGGUUAACCGAUGACACCGGUCUCACGUUGCUCUUUUAACCGUCGCCAUUUUCCCGGAGACCAAACUGACUUUCCAUGAGGUGCCUACGGUUCCUAGCUAGGGACAGUUCAAAAAAAAAAUGAUAUCAAAGCGUUCUUCAGUCACGUGAUCGUACGCGGCGCUCUGUGGAAGGGGACGUGUGCUCUGACGUCAUCACUGGGCGACACUCCUCAAACACGUGAGGGAGUAAGAGAGCGAGGAGCAGGGCUGCGGGUCACAGUCUCUUUGAACAUCUCUGCUGUGUCCCUGAAAAUACAUCAUGGGUAGGAAAUUAGACCCCCUAAAGAAAGUGGCCCGGGGACCCGGACGGAAAGCGAAAAAACAACCAGGAGCUGAAAACGAACUGAGCAAAAUCCUGAGUGAUGAGACUGAAGUAAAACGCCUGUCCAGCCGCAGCAGAAAGAGGGCAUUAAAGAGGAGACAAGUGGAAGAACAGAAGACAACACCUAGUAAACCAGAAGCAAAGCAAAAUGGUGACGCAAAAGCUGCCCAGAGAGGGAAGACAAAGCUGUCAGGGUUCAGUGAUGAGAAUGCAGAGUGGCUGAAACCUGUCAAGAGGCCAAGGAAGGAGGAAGAUGAGGAGGAGAUGGAGGAAGGUGACAUUGAUCAAGACAUGGACAGCGGAGAUGAGGAGCCUGGAAAUCUAAAAGGAGAAGAGGAGGAAGAAGCCGAGGAGAACGGAGACGAUGAACCUGCUGAAGGGCUGGACCUUUCUGACAGUGAUGAUCUGCAGGAUGACUAUGGAGCGUCCUCAGAGGAUGAGGAGGAGGAGGGUGGUGAGGAGGAUGAUGAUAAUGAAGAGGAAGAUGAUGAUGAUGAUAAUGAAGAGGAGGAUGAUGAUGAUGAAGAUGAAGAUGAUAAUGAUCUUCUUCCAAUUGAGAAGGCCGCUGUAAAACAGAAGAAAAAGAGUAAAAGAGAGAAGGAGGCCGAGGGUGAAUCAGACAUUAAGCUGAAUUUGGACGGUGAAGAACAUUUUACCCUACCAACCGCAGAAGAAAUGGACAACCAGCUCUCCGCGAACCUUGACCUCACCAGUGUGCAGGAACGCAUUAAGGAUAUUGUAGCUGUUUUACUAGAUUUUGGCAAUCGUGGAGGACAGCAUUCAAGACAGGAAUAUAUUUCUGUGCUCCGCCGGGAUCUGGCCACCUACUACAGCUAUGGCGACUACAUGAUCGAGAUGCUCAGUGACCUGUUCCCAGUGUCAGAGUUGGUUGACUUUCUGGAGUCCUGUGAGGUUCAACGUCCAGUAACAAUCAGAACCAACACUUUAAAGACCAGAAGACGGGACUUGGCACAGGCUCUUAUCAACCGUGGAGUCAAUCUGGAUCCAUUGGGCAAGUGGUCUAAGACAGGGCUGGUCAUUUAUGAUUCCUCUGUACCCGUGGGUGCCACCCCUGAGUAUCUGGCUGGACAUUACAUGCUACAGGGAGGCUCCAGUUUCUUACCUGUCAUUGCUUUGGCGCCUCAAGAAAAUGAGCGGGUCCUGGACAUGUGCUGUGCCCCUGGCGGGAAGACCAGUUAUAUGGCUCAACUGAUGAAGAACACGGGGGUCAUUGUAGCCAACGACAUGAACGCCGAUCGGCUCCGCAGCGUGGUGGGAAACCUGCACAGACUGGGAGUCACAAACUGUAUCAUUAGUAAUUAUGAUGGUCGGCAGCUCUCCGGGGUUCUUGGAGGAUUUGACCGGGUGCUGCUGGAUGCUCCGUGCAGUGGAACUGGAAUCAUCAGCAAAGAUCCGGUUGUGAAAACGAACAAGAAUACACAGGACAUCCAGCGAUGCGCACACAUACAGAAGGAGCUGAUCCUAAGUGCCAUUGACUCUUUAGAUGCCCAGUCUUCAAGUGGUGGAUUCCUGGUCUAUUGCACCUGCUCAAUCACAGUGGAGGAGAACGAGUGUGUGGUGGAUUACGCCCUGAAGAAGAGAAACGUUAAACUUGUACCAACAGGUCUGGACUUUGGUAAAGAAGGAUUCGUGAGAUUCAAGGAGAGGCGAUUCCAUCAGUCUCUACGCCUGACGCGCAGAUUUUACCCGCACACUCACAACAUGGACGGGUUCUUUAUCGCCAAAUUUCGCAAAUUUUCAAACACCAUCCCGUCUACUAAAGAAGGGAAAGAAGAAUCCGGUGCUGAUCAGACAGAACAAAAUGCCGCAGAGAAGAAAGAAACGGGACAGAAGGAAGCGAGCCCCAAACCUGCAAACCAAAAACAGAAGGGGCAGAACACACCGCUGCCUUCCAAACCAGGGAAGAACACACCGCUGCCUUCCAAACCAGGGCAGAAGACACCACCCCCUUCCAAACCAGGCCAGAAGGCACCUCCCCCUUCCAAACCAGGGCAGAAGGCACCUCCCCCUUCCAAACCAGGGCAGAAGGCACCUCGCCCUUCCAAACCAGGGCAGAAGACACCUCGCCCUUCCAAUCCAGGGCAGAAGACACCUCGCCCUUCCAAACCAGGGCAGAAGACACCACCUCCCUCCAAUCCAGGGCAGAAGACACCACCCCCCUCCAAUCCAGGGCAGAAAACACCCCCCUCCAAACCAGGGCAAUCCACACCUAAAACAAAGGAACAGAAGCGUCUCAAGUAUAAGAAAAAUCAAAAGUUGUUCCAAAAGAAACAGAAGCUUCUAUUAAAGAAGAAGAAAGAGAAAAAGAAGAGUAAAUAGUAUCGUGACUUCUCCCAGACCACAACCACCAUCUCCAGUUCUGCGCUGGUCCCUGAUCAGUCAUCCUCCAACUCUGUCCAUCUAGAAGAGACACAUGUUGGACGCUUUGAAUGGGCGCCAUCUAUACGAAGUGUUCUGUACACGAGGACGCUCUGGGAUCAAGAGACGCUCUGCAAGAGGCUUGGACUGUCCAGGGCGGAUGAGAUGCUCUGCAGGCAUGUUCUCCGUGCCACAGGCUGUCUGCUGAGACUGUCAUUUGUGACUUGUUUUACCAUAAAUUGAAUACAAA